AUGCUACAUCGUAGUGUCGCACGUCUCGCCUGCGGACUGCGCUCUACGUCGUUGGCCCUCGCACAUCCAUCGGCACCCAAGCGCUUUGUUCCCACAACGACCCGCUUUCAGUCUCAUAUCUCGGGCUCCGCAUCGCUAUUGCUUCAAAAAUGGAGAUUUGUGGCCGCUACUGCAGUAAGCACGAGUGCUUCGUAUGCUUUUUGCUCGACUGCUGCUUCAGUUACGGAUACGAUCAAAACGAAUAGAGCAGUGUUAAAGGUGGUGCUCUAUCAGUACGAACCGUGUCCCUAUUGCUGCAAGGUGAAGGCUGUACUGGACUACCUCAAGCUCCCGUACGACGUGGUGGAAGUCAAUCCACUGACCAAGAAGGAGACCAAAGCUGUGACCAAGUAUGCCAAGGUGCCAGUUGUCACUAUUGGCAAUGACGUGGUCGUGGACUCUUCGGCAAUUAUCAUGCGACUGUGGGACCUGGUCGUGCCAGCUAAAAGCUCCCAGCUUGAGCAUAAAGAGCCGCAGGAGGAGGAAGCCCAGUGGUGCCAAUGGGUCGACCAGAAGCUCAUUGUCUUGACCCCUCCCAAUAUCUAUCGCACGCUGCCGGAGGCGCUGCAGGCUUUCGACUAUUGCUUGGCCGCUGGCAACUUCACGUCCAUGGAACGUCACUUGUCCAAGUACGUCGGGGCAAUGGUGAUGUACCUCAUUGCCAAGCGGUCGAAGAAGAAAUACGGUAUUGACGAUGAGCGACUGGCGCUGUAUGCGGCUCUGAAUAGCUGGGUUGAUGCGGUUGGUGACAAGCGCAUGUUUCUUGGAGGGCAUGAACCAAACAAAGCAGACCUCUCGGUCUUUGGUGUCCUUCGUGCGAUGCACGGCCUGGACACGUACAACGACGUGAUGCGUGAGACGGAGAUCGGGCCGUGGUUUCGAUGUAUGACGGAUAGGGUUGGCUCCAGCUCACGCACUGCAAGCAAGCAACUAGAGAUCACGGUCAAGGAGUAUAGAACUUGA